AUGGACGUUGACUUCAACAAGUCUACUCCCGAAGACCAGAUGGAUUUGAUGCUGCUGAUGCAGAUGGACAAGCUCUCUGAACUCACCGGAGGAUUCGCCGAUAUACACGAAUUGCCCAUGAUGAAUUUUAGUACUAAUCAAGGAAGCAAUAAUAACAAUUCUAGUAGUGGUGCUGUUGAUCAUAAUUCACAUGCUCCUUCAUCCGCGUUCUUGAACCUACCGCCAUCCGUCUCCUUCACCUGUUCUCCUGGACAACUCCCUCAGGAACCUUCAUCAGCGCUGCCUUUCCUGUCCAAUUCAAGCUCGGGAAGGUGGAGAAGCGAGCUGGCGGGGGGAAACGGGUUCGCAACGGAAUCCCAGAAGCGGAAUUCAGUUGCUGCGAUGAGGGAAAUGAUUUUUAGGAUAGCAGCUAUGCAGCCAAUUCACAUUGAUCCUGAAUCCGUGAAGCCACCAAAGCGAAGGAAUGUGAAAAUAUCAAAGGAUCCUCAGAGUGUAGCAGCCCGGCAUCGAAGAGAGAGGAUAAGUGAAAGGAUUAGGAUACUCCAGAGACUUGUCCCCGGCGGGACUAAAAUGGACACUGCUUCAAUGUUGGAUGAAGCAAUUCAUUACGUGAAAUUCUUGAAGAAUCAAGUGCAAUCUCUGGAACGGGCUGCGGCGAAUAGGCCAACGGGGAUUGGAUUCCCAGUUCCAAUGUCAAGCGGGAGUUAUCUACCUAUGGCAACAAAGGGUUAUCAUCAUCAAGCUGCUCAUCAGAAUGUUCAGCACUAUGCAGAUGCUUAACGAAAUUGGUUACUUGUUUAUUAGUAGUUGAGGGCGAAGACUUUGAGAAGGAUGAGAACUAAGUACUAGCAUAAAAAUUUUCAUAUCGUCUUCACUAGAAAGAUGAUAGCUUUUGUUGCUGAUUUGCAGGGUUGUAUAAAGAC